AUUAAUUCUGUUGUAUUUUUACACUGAUGUGUUUUUUUUUGUUUGAAUCCUUUUUUGUGUGUUUGUGUGAUCGCACUUAGCCUACUUUAAAGUGGGGGAAAUUAAUUUAUGAUUAUGAAGUACUUUAAAAAAAAUUUAUUUGAAUAGUUAUAAUAAAAUAAUCCUAUUUUUCUUUCUUAAUGGGUUAAUGGAAAAUUGUAGGUUUUAUGGAGAUGACUUCUGAUCCACCAAAGAUAACAAAUAUAAUCAGCAGCCUUGGCUCCACUUGACAGUGCGAAUAACAGCAACGUGUUCCUCGCACCCAUGCAGCUGUUGCACGCGUACCCAGCGCGUGAUGUGUGUGUGUGCAUCCCAUAGUUUAUUAGUAUUGUAAAACGUUUCUAAAGCACACACGAAUAUGACUCUCCAAGCAAUUAAAUACGAGCGUGGACGUCUGGAUAUUUUAGAUCAGCUUCUUUUGCCAGACACAUCGCGGUAUGUUCCCAUCAAAGAUACGGAAGACGGUUGGCAAGCCAUAAAGAAAAUGCAGGUUCGAGGAGCACCAGCUAUUGCGAUUGUUGGAUGUCUUAGUCUAGGUGUUGAGCUGACCAAUAAAACCUUCCACAAGCUUUCUGAUCUAGAGGAGUUUGUUGUUGAGCGCCUUAAUUACCUAGUCACUGCACGACCUACAGCUGUGAACAUGGCUGAUGCUGCUGCACGUUUUAUUGACUUUAUGGAAACCUUGGUAGUGGAGGCAAGUCUAGACCCCGAGGAAGCAAAGAACAGAAUAAUUCAAGAAUUUGAGUCUCUGCUGGAAGAGGAUAUUACUACAAACAAGCAGAUAGGAAAGAAUGGAGCAGAAGACAUACUAAAAAAAUGUGGGAAUAGGCCUGUUCGAAUCCUGACACACUGUAACACUGGUUCUUUGGCAACUGCAGGAUAUGGUACAGCACUGGGUGUCGUCAGGUGUCUUCAUGAACAAGGCAAAUUGAAAGAAGUGUUUUGCACAGAGACCCGACCAUACAACCAAGGGUCACGACUAACUGCAUAUGAGCUUGUGUAUGAGAAAAUGAAUGCUACUCUUAUAUGUGAUAGCAUGGCAGCCAUUUUAAUGAGACAAAAAGAUAUUUCAGCAGUUGUGGUGGGAGCUGAUCGUGUGGUUGCCAAUGGGGACACAGCAAAUAAAAUUGGAACUUAUCAACUGGCAGUUGUUGCUAAAUACCACAGUGUACCAUUUUAUGUGGCUUGUCCUUUGACUUCGUUUGAUCGGUCAAAGGAAAGUGGAGCAGAAAUAGAGAUAGAGGAAAGACCCUUCGAAGAAUUAACAUUUAUAAAGGGAGUCAAAAUUGCUGCAGAAGGAAUUAAUUGCUGGAAUCCAGCAUUUGAUGUGACGCCUGCUGACCUGAUUACAGGUGGAAUUAUCACAGAACUUGGGGUUUUUCCUGCAAGCCUCCUUAAUAAUGAAUUAAAAAAGUAUCAGAAAGAUAGUAUAUAGGACAUGUAUUGGUCACAGUAAGCAGUCUGCUUAUGAAUCUAUGAUGGUAUUGAAAUCUUUCUUUUGUCCUUAAAUUUUAAAGGCAAAUUCUUACUGGUGUAAUGGAAUGUAGAAUUAUCAUGUAUGGAGGGCUAAGCUGGAAUUAUAAUUUAGUUGCAUUUGAGGAAGCUCUUUUUAAGCAUAUGAUCCUGGAAUACAUUCUGAUUGGACCAGGACUGGACCUGGCUUUGGUAAAGGAGCCAUUACAGACGUGCAAGAGAAGACUCUAAUUUCUAGUGUGGUGCAAUGAGUGUAACAAUGUAAAGCUCAGUGGAAGAUGCUGUUUCCCCAAAUCUGGUUGAAUACCUUCUUUCCAUUCUGGAAGUACAUCCCACAAACAUAAUCAUGUAUAGGAGGCCAACAGAGCAGAUGUCUAGAGUGUACACGAAUAAAGAUAUGUAUUGACCUUAACCAGUGGGGGUGUUUGGACCAUACGUUAAGUUAAUUAGGUGUAUCUGUGUAAAAGCAUGACAUAAUUUUAAUCACUUUAUGUGCAUGGUGAUAUUUAUAGACGAGUAUCUCAAGUUUAAGCGAUGAGGGAGCGUGUGCAGACAUGAACACCCAAACCUUCUUCAACAAAAAAGGUCGACCAACAGUUAACACAGCGAAUAUCUAACAAGGAUGGAUCUACGGCGGCAUCGAGGCGAGAGAGUCGAACCUGAGAACACUGGCGAUGCUGUCUUGAUUCGCUCCGGCUCAGCGGCGCAAGAAAUUGUGUCUUUCGAAGACACCUCAACUGAAAUCGGUCAGAGUCCAGCAGGGUUUGCUUCAUAGCAGACCAGCGAGGGAGGAAUACAUAAUUCUUGUAUAAUGAUAAUAUAUAUCUACAGAUGCAAGAUGAUGAUGUCAGUUGCUUGACACAAUGACUCAUGUCGUAUCCCUCGCCUAGGAAAACACUGCAUAAGAGUUUAGACGUGAACAUCAAUUGUUCGUCGACAGUUAUAUUCUAACUGCUAAUGUAAAUUAUUAAUAUUACUGCACAUCAUCAUCAUGACUCGUGUUUGGCAGUAUGGUGCAGUUUUGCUGCCAGAAUCAGUGCAAAUUGCUGCUUUUCUCCAUCCGUGAACAUGUUGCCGAGAAAGAUUGUUGUUUUUAUACUCGUUAACUGCAGCAGCUGCAAUAAAACAUUAAUGGAACAAUAAA